AGACAACAACCAUUAGAGAAAGAGAGAGAAAAAGACAAAAUCAAAAUUAGGAGAGAGAGAGAAAUCUGAAGAAGGCGAUUGGGUAAGCGAUGCACAUCGUCUUCUCUGUCGAUGAUUUGACCGAAUCCUUCUGGCCCCCUCCUCCUCCGGAACCCUCUCCGGGGUCGGUAUCGGCUCAGAACAUGCCGGACGGGAUGACUCGAAGUCAAUCGGAGUGGGCGUUCCAGAGACUUCUCCGGGAGAUGUCAGGCUCCGACGAAAGCCCUACCACGAUCAACGUAAGGUCGCCUCCGCCGGUUCAGUCCGAGCAGUCUCUUUCCACCGUCGAUGAAACCUCCGAUGUCGUCGAAAUACAGAAACCGCCGCCGCCGGAUGAUCAGGGGAAUCGGGAUCGUGCGCGGUCUUCUUCUGAUCCGUUGGAUUCGGAUGUGGUUGAUCCGAAUCAGUACCAUGCGAUUCUCAAGAGCAAGCUCGAGAUCGCUUGCGCUGCUGUUGCGCGUCGUGUGGGAGCUGUGAAGCCGGAAGAUUCGAGUGCCUCAGGUGUGAAUCAAAAGCUAUCUCCUCCGCCGGGAUCUCAAGCUCAAGGCUCUGUUGUUGUGGCACAAACCUCACCCGGUGCUUCAUCUGUUAGAUCUGUUCCCUCGACAAGCGUUAAAAAGAAACCAGAUGUUGUUCCAGCCAGGCAGACUACGAGUAUUUCAUCACGAGAUGAUUCUGAUGAUGAUGAUCUUGAUGGAGACAUGGAAACAGCUGAUAAUGGAGAUCCUACUGACGUUAAGCGUGCUAGGAGGAUGCUCUCAAACCGAGAAUCAGCUAGGCGCUCCAGGAGAAGAAAGCAAGAACAAAUGAAUGAAUUUGAUACACAGGUAAACCAAUUAAGAGCUGAGCAUUCGACUUUACUUGGUCGUCUUGGUGACAUGAAUCAGAAGUUUGAUGCCGCUGCUGUCGACAACAGAAUUCUAAGAGCUGACAUUGAAACUCUGAGAACAAAAGUUAAAAUGGCAGAAGAAACAGUGAAAAGAGUGACAGGAGUGAACCCGUUGCAGUGGGCAAGACCAAACAUGGGCAUGCCAGUGAACAACACACCGAGAAUCUCAAGUACUACUGGUGCCAGUUUAGCACCAAACCAGAGAGUAGAGGUGAACAGUGAAGGCUUGCAGAAUCAGUUUGCUACUAAUCCGAAGAACAUGUACGAAACCAUGCCCCAUUGGAACCACAAGCAUUAACCACAAGAUUCGAGUCAUUGGUUUUGUGAUUUUUGAGGUAACUCUUUAUCUUGCUCUUCCUUUCUGUGUUAUUUACUGUACCACUCCACGAUGAUGCUGUGUGUAAGGGUAAUACUGUACCCAUUUAUAUAUAUUUGGAAAUAACUGGAAGAAUGUUAACUUUAUUUACCUGCAUGGUAGUAAUAAGCUGUAACGUUUCUAA